GGAUGUCUGCUGGGGCUGGGUGAUGAGUAUCAAUGAACGGGGCGAUUCUGAAAAGAGGCAGAUGAAAAUCGAGCCCGCCCUGCCCCGGCUGGGCUGGGAACAGUUCACAGGGCUCUGCCGAGUGGGCGAGCGAGGCGCGCGAGCAGGGCGCCCGUCCCCCCUCAGCCCCGGAAAAUGAUCAAGUCAAUCAUGUGGACAUGUUUCAUUAUUCAUUGAACACAAUCUUUUACAACGCUCCGUUUACGUGCCCGAGUUUGCUCCCGACGCCCGCGUUUCAAUGUUUAAGUUCCUGCCCACCACGGCUUUAAGAAUACCCUUCAGCCAGGAGGGAGCUCCGUUUCUUUAAGACUUGCCUGGGAACCGGGACGCCCCUCUGGCGAUCUGUCAGUGCCUGGAUCAGCUACAUCCUUUCUGGGGUAUUUUGUUACCAGACUGACAGUCCUUAAGACAAGUAUGCAGUUAAGCUGCUAAGGGAUGGAAGAAGCCAGCCUGUGCCUUGGAGUGUCCUCGGCGGCGCCCGAAGCUGAGCCCCACCUGAGCGGCCCUGUCCUCAACGGCCAGUAUGCCAUGAGUCAGAAGUUGCACCAGAUCACCUCCCAGCUCAGCCAUGCCUUCCCCGAGCUGCAUCCACGGCCCAACCCGGAAGAGAAGGCCCCCGCGCCACUAGACGAAAAGGCCCACGUGCCCUUGAGUGGCCAGCCCAUGGGCAGUCAGAUGGCGCUCCUGGCCAACCAGCUGGGCCGGGACGUCGACACCAGCCUCAACGGGCGGGUGGACCUGCAGCAGUUCCUCAAUGGGCAGAACCUGGGCAUCAUGUCCCAGAUGAGCGACAUCGAGGACGACGCCCGUAAAAACCGCAAGUACCCGUGCCCGCUGUGCGGCAAGCGUUUCCGCUUCAACAGCAUCCUUUCGCUGCACAUGCGCACUCACACCGGCGAGAAGCCCUUCAAGUGUCCCUACUGCGACCACCGGGCGGCGCAGAAGGGCAACCUCAAGAUUCACCUUCGGACCCACAAGCUGGGCAACCUGGGGAAGGGGCGCGGGCGGGUGCGCGAGGAGAACCGCCUGCUGCACGAGCUGGAGGAGCGGGCCAUCCUGCGGGACAAGCAGAUGAAGAGCAGCCUGCUGCAGCCCCGGCCCGACCUGAAGCCGCUGCCGCACGCCCAGCCGGCCCCGCUGGCCACCUGCAACCUGGCCCUGCCAGCCAACCACAGCGUGCCCGACGCGGCCAACCCGGUGCCCUCGCCCAAGCCGGCCAGCGUGCAGGAGGACGCGGUGGUCCCGGCCGCCGGCUUCCGCUGCACCUUCUGUAAGGGCAAGUUCAAGAAGCGCGAGGAGCUGGACCGCCACAUCCGCAUCCUGCACAAGCCCUACAAGUGCACGCUGUGCGACUUCGCCGCCUCGCAGGAGGAGGAGCUCAUCAGCCACGUGGAGAAGGCCCACAUCACCGCCGAGUCGGCGCAGGGCCAGGGCCCCAACGGCGGUGGGGAGCAGUCAGCCAACGAGUUCCGCUGCGAGGUGUGCGGGCAGGUGUUCAGCCAGGCGUGGUUCCUGAAGGGCCACAUGCGGAAGCACAAAGACUCCUUCGAGCACUGCUGCCAGAUCUGCGGCCGCCGCUUCAAGGAGCCCUGGUUCCUCAAGAACCACAUGAAGGUCCACCUCAACAAGCUGUCAGUGAAGAACAAGUCCCCCAGUGACCCGGAGGUGCCCGUGCCGGUGGGCGGCAUGUCCCAGGAGGCCCAUGCCAACCUGUAUUCCAGGUACCUGUCCUGCCUGCAGAGCGGCUUCAUGGCCCCGGACAAAGCCAGCCUGAGCGAGCCCAGCCAGCUCUACAGCAAAGGGGACAUGCCCAUGAAGGAGCGGGAGGUCCUAGGGAAGCUGCUGUCCCCUAUCUCCAGCAUGGCUCACGGUGUCCCCGAGGGCGACAAGCACUCCCUCCUGGGAUGCCUCAACCUCGUGCCGCCGCUGAAAUCCAGCUGCAUCGAGCGGUUGCAGGCGGCUGCCAAAGCUGCCGAGAUGGACCCUGUGAACAGCUACCAGGCUUGGCAGCUCAUGGCCAGGGGCAUGGCCAUGGAACACGGCUUCUUGUCUAAAGAGCAUCAGCUACAGCGCAACCACGAAGACACUUUGGCAAACGCCGGAGUGAUGUUUGAUAAGGAGAAGCGGGAGUACGUGUUAGUGGGAGCAGAUGGCUCCAAGCAGAAAAUGCCUGCUGAUUUGGUUCACAGCACUAAAGUGGGCAAUCAGAGAGACCUGCCAAAUAAGCUCGACCCUUUAGAAGGCAGUCGGGAUUUUUUGUCACACGGGCUGAACCAGGCGCUCGACUAUAACCUGCAGGGCCCUGGGAACAUGAAGGAGAAGCCCACCGAGUGCCCCGACUGCGGCCGGGUGUUCCGCACCUACCACCAGGUGGUGGUGCACUCCCGCGUCCACAAGCGGGACCGCAAGGGCGACGAAGACGGGCUGCACGUGGGCCUGGAUGAGCGGCGCGGCUCGGGCAGUGACCAGGAGUCCCAGUCGGUGAGCCGCUCUACCACGCCGGGCUCCUCCAACGUCACCGAGGAGAGCGGGGCCGGCGGCGGGCUCUCCCAGACCGGGAGUGCCCAGGAGGACAGCCCACACCCCUCCUCGCCGUCCUCCUCAGACAUCGGCGAGGAGGCUGGGAGAGCUGCCGGCGUCCAGCAGCCUGCGCUGCUUCGCGAGAGGAGCCUGGGCUCGGCCAUGAAGGACUGCCCGUACUGCGGGAAGACCUUCCGGACAUCCCAUCACCUAAAGGUCCACCUGAGGAUACACACAGGUGAGAAACCCUACAAAUGUCCCCACUGUGAUUAUGCCGGCACCCAGUCAGCCUCCUUAAAAUACCACUUAGAGCGGCACCACCGGGAGCGGCAGAACGGAGCUGGGCCACUGUCUGGACAGCCCCCAAACCAAGACCACAGGGACGAGCUGUCCAACAAAGCUGCUCUGUUUAUCAGGCCAGACAUCCUGAGGGGGGCCUUUAAGAGCCUCCCCGGAAUCGACUUCAGAGGCGGCCCUGCCUCCCAGCAGUGGACAGCAGGAGUGCUCUCGUCUGCAGAUCCAUCGGGGCCAGCCGCCGGCAUGACUUCCGAGGCCCCUUCAGACACCCUGAAAGGCACCGACCUUCCUUCCAAAAGCGCCCACUUCUCGGACAUCGGAAGAGCUUACCAGAGUAUUGUGAGCAAUGGUGUGAAUUUCCAAGGGUCCUUGCAAGCGUUCAUGGACAGCUUUGUCCUAAGCUCCUUGAAGAAGGAGAAGGACCUGAAGGACAAAGCCCUGUCUGACCCUCCCUCCAUGAAGGUGCACGGGCCGGACGGUGGUGAGGACAAAGCCAGCGGCAAGGCGGUCCCGAGGAAGUCAGAGAAAUCGCAGUACGAGCCCCUGGACUUGUCGGUGCGGCCGGACGCCGCCUCGCUGCCGGGCUCGUCGGUGACCGUGCAAGACAGCAUCGCGUGGCACGGCUGCUUGUUUUGUGCUUUCACGACCUCAUCCAUGGAGCUGAUGGCUCUUCACCUGCAGGCCAACCACCUGGGCAAAGCGAAACGCAAAGACAGCGCCAUCGGGGUGACGGUCAAUUGCAAAGACCAGGCCCGGGAGGCGGGUAAGGUGGCCCUCCUGCCCUCGGCACAAUCAAACAAAGAGAUGGCGCUUUCCCACAUGAUUGGGCCUCUGGAGGCUGCUUCAGAGAAGACAGCCCCGGGGCCGGUCAAGGAGACUCUGGGGGAGCAGAAGAGCGGCACGUGGCCUGGCCUGGUGGACCCCACGUUUUGUAACUUCCCGUCCGACUUCUACAAGCAGUUUGGCGUCUACCCGGGCAUGGUGGGCUCCGGGGCCUCCAGCUCCGGCCCCACCCAGGAGCCCGACGGGAAGGCCCACGCAGAAGAGGACGCCCCGAUCCUGAUCCCCGAGACCGCCGGCAAGAACCCUACCGAUGACCUCUCCGACAUUGCCUCCUCGGAGGACAUGGACUCCUCCAAGGGAGAGAACAAUGACGAAGAGGAUCUGGAGACGGAGCCAGAGAUGAUGAGCAAGGCCCCGUCCGCCCUUGGCAAGGACGGCGGUGGUGGCGACAGCAGCGACAGCCUUGUGCCCGUGGGCGCCCCUCAGCCCGUCCAGGGACUAGUCUCGCCGGUGCCCCCGGCGCCCGAGAAGCAGUGGCACGGCCCGGGCCUGCUUCCAGCCCAGGACCCCUCGGCGGGCCUGCCCAAGCCAGAGCGGGCCCCCCCGGGCCUGGAGAAGCCGAUGAACAUGCUGUCGGUCCUCAGGGCCUACAGUUCUGAUGGCUUAGCAGCCUUUAACGGACUUGCGAGUAGCACAGCAAAUUCUGGAUGUAUCAAGAGGCCAGACUUGUGUGGUAAGUGACACCCCCUGUUCUAGUCGGUCCAGCUGGACUGGCCCUUGUCUGUUCGUGCUCCUCGGUGGCUAUCUGCAGCUUGUUAAUGGUGUAAAGUCAAGAGAAGAAUGUAUACACGUAUGUGUGUUGAAUACACAAUUACUAUUGGCAUAUGUAUGUGUAUACACAUGGCACACCAACCUACAGUAUAUCUAGGAGAGAAUCAGGGAGGCUAAAAAUAUUGCCCCGUAUGUUCCUCUAUUAGUCAUGGAUCGCGAAGGCUUAGUAACUUGAACAAGAGAGAAAAUUCCCUCAAAGUCGUGAAUCCUGAGUGACAAAUGCUGGUGGAUUGGAGGCCCCUUCACCUGUGAAAAAUCUGACUGGGGGGCGGGUUCUGCUACACCAGCUCGCCAAGCUUCUGGAGGCAGGCCCCGCGGCCCCGCGGGUCUUGUUGGCAUUACUGCCUGUGUCCGAUUGUCCUGUAUUUUGUAACACUUUAGAAGAAUACAGAAAAGUGCAGUCAUUAUCUUUCUCCAUAGUAUUUAAGCAGUACUAUUGCUAGUUUAAUAUUGUGUCAGGUCGUCCUAAGAACCAGGAACAGAGGACAGUAACAUUCCAGUGAACAGCACCUUGACACCCACAACUUCAAAUGUGGUGAUGGAAGCAAAAAUGUGGAGACUUGUGCUGGGUUAACGUGUGCUUUGGACUAGAGUAUUGUUGAAGUAAUGAGAAGAUUAUAUUAAGGUGUUCCUGGUAAUGAAGGCAUGUAAGUUCUAAUAAUUGUAGCUUUCUGAAUACGUGUCAAACUAUAUCUUUAAGUGUGCUGUAUGCUGAGUUACAAGUUAGGUCAUUUAUGAAUGGAAUGUAAAACAAUACUAAAAAUGCUUCAAUAACUUAUCUUGGUAUUGCUAAUAAAACAAAA